CCAAAAAUAAGUAGGCUACUAAGGCGGAGGCGAAAAUAUAAAGGCAAAGAGCACAUGCAUCUGAGAGCAGCAGCAGUGGAGAAAUAUAUCGAAUUUCUCGGAUUCGGAGUGGAAGUAAGCAAGCUCGGUGAUCGUGAUUCGUGAAUGCUUUCGCCGGAAAAACGGUGCAGCGGAGAAAGGAAGAAUUGUGUGUGUGGAAGAUGGGUAAAGGGAAGGAAGUGAUGAUUGAGCCUUCAAGCCCUAGCAGUCACCGCUACGGUGGCGAAGACGAUUCCGAUCAGCAUCAAUUCAAAUCCUCCUCUCGCAAUGCUGCCUCCAAAUACGAUUUUGUCAAGGUGAAGGUUUGGUUGGGAGAUAACGCGGAUCAUUAUUACGUCCUUUCCAGAUUCUUGCUCAGCCGAAUGUUAACUGUUACAAAGAUACCGAAUCAUGUAGCAGUUAAAAUUGCUCUUGAACUCAAGAAGUUGCUGGUUGAUAACAGUCUCCUUGACGUUUCUCAGUCGGAUUUGGAGGCUAACCUAUUUAAGCUUAUGGAGAGACGAGGAUACGGGGAAGACUACAUUAAUCGAUACAAGAUGAUGACAAGAUUCCACCAUCAAAGGGUGCCACUGGUGAUUCUUGUUUGUGGAACUGCUUGUGUUGGAAAGUCUACCAUAGCUACCCAACUUGCUCAAAGGCUGAAUUUGCCCAACGUCUUGCAGACAGAGAUGGUUUAUGAACUGCUGCGGACAUCAACUGAUGCGCCAUUAUCAUCUACUCCUGUUUGGGCUCGGGAUUUCAGCUCCCCUGAGGAGUUUAUUACUGAGUUUAGUAGAGAAUGCAGAAUAGUUCGGAAAGGUUUGGCUGGUGACUUAAAGAAAGCAAUGAAAGAUGGAAAACCAAUUAUAAUUGAGGGGAUACAUCUUGACCCAAGUAUUUAUUUGAUGGAUGAAGACAACAAGACACCAGCUUCUGCACCCGAAAAAACUGGAGUGACAACUCCAUUCUCUGUGGAAAAAUCAACGUUAGGGGUUGAUCCCUUGGGCAAAACGGAAGACAGUAGUCCUUCUGUUAGUGACAUUCAUGCCCACAGUAUAAAUGGCUCUCCUGAGAACGAAAAUGCAGAAGAAGAAAAAUCUGGUGACAAACACUUGGACUACAGGCAAAAUGCUCAAGGUUCAAAAAGUAUUCAUGAAAAUGAAGUUGGCUCUACUAAAGUUGCAGGAGAAGAGAAAAACCUUUCUAUUAAGAGAGCAAAAUCUGGUGGAGAUCCGAUAAUUAUACCCAUAGUUCUGAAGAUGGCUGAGUUUGACCAUAAGGCAUUACUGGAGGAGUGGAUCUCUGCUCGUAUACCCAGUGAUAGAUACCAAGUUAAGGAUAAAGACAGGCUAAUUGCCAAUUUGAAAACUCUUCAGGACUAUCUCUGCUCUUUCACUUCGCAGGGUUUGACCGUUGCUAAUAUAUCUGCCACAACCUUCCCUCAAACACUGGAUUGGCUCCACGGCUAUCUUCUUCAGUGUAUCGAGCAAGGGAUUUCACCAGUUUCCAGUGAAAAUGACAGGCAAAGCAGCUGAAAAUUGAAAUACAUGCAGAGCAGCUUGGCAGUAACAGGUAUGAAGUUGGGCCUCAUCGAUUGGUUUGACUUUCGAGAGAAACCUUUCAACAAUGCAUCUCUGCUUGGCAGCCUGUAUGAAUGGCUUAGUCGUGUUGUUUCUCUUGUCCAUUGAACUCUUGCUUCCCUUAAAAAAAUACUGUAAUUUCUCCAACUGAGAUGAACUUGUAGCUUUGUGGUUCUCAUGAUUCCUGCAUUAGCCUCUGCAUAUCGCUCUUCUUCAUGCUAUUUUGUCCCAC